CUGAGACACAGUAUAUUGAUGCAAGACUACAACAAUGUCUCAUACAACAAAAGAAAUGGUCUUGGCAAACCAGACCAGCCUGAAUGUGACAGAUAUUGGCAUUUUUAUAAAACCAAUAUCAAUGACAGUAUCAACAUUAGGUAUAUUUGGCAAUAGUCUUGUUAUCUGGUUCCUUUCUUUUAAGAUCAAGAGAAAUUAUUCCACAGUCUAUAUUCUUAACCUUGCGGUGGCUGAUUUCUGCUUCCUUCUAGUAUAUGCUACUUUGGACAUUAUUGGCAUUGCCUUAAAAGAGAGACUUCCUGUAGUUGGCAAAGAAAAUUUAGAAUUAAUAAGUACAAUAUAUCCGCUGGUACUACCUUGUCUUUUCGCGUACAACACAAGCCUUUGUCUUCUUACAGCCAUCAGUGUGGAAAGAUGUCUGUCUGUCCUUUUUCCAAUCUGGUAUCACUGCAACAGACCCAGGCAUCUGUCCUCAGUUGUAUGUAUCUCUAUAUGGGCAAUCUCCUGUCUUCUCACAGUACUUGAAUUUUGCUAUUGUUACCAACCUGAAUAUAUCAGUAUUUAUACCAAGGUAAAUACUACAGUUAAAGAAUGUUAUAUUGUCUUUGCUAUUAUUUGCUGCCUUAGUUAUAUUGCUUUUAUACCACUCAUGACUGUGUCAAGUCUUGUUCUUCUAAUCAAAGUGUGGACUAGUUCCCAGCAGAAGCAGCCACCAAAACUUUACAUUGUGAUCACAGUGACUGUUAUUUUCUUUCUUGUAUUUGGUAUGCCAAUGAGGAUUUUGUUACUGGUAUGGUAUAAACACCACAUUUUUCCACCACUCCCAGUACUGAAUAUUGUGUCCUUGUUUAGUUCUAUGAAUUGCAGUAUAAACCCAUUUGUUUAUUUUCUUGUUGGACGUCAGGGUAGAAGCAGUGGUAAGCUCAAUCUUGUUAUUAUACUCCAAAGAGUGUUUCGAGAUGAUGGAAUUCAGCAUUGGAGACAACAAAAAAAGGAAACAACUAAAAUUCAGACAAUGAUGAUAUGAGCAUGCUCUGUUCGGAUCGCAUUGGUUUGAAUGGUUAUCAUUUAGACAG